GAGGCUGGCCACGCCCACGGUGGGGCGCGGACCCCGAGAGCCUCGGCCGGACCUCAUUGGCCUGCGGCGCCGCCACUCGACGAGACGCGCCUCAACCCGGAAGUGUGCGAGGCGAAAUCUGCCUAGCAACCGGGGAAGCCGGGCUGCGAAGCGGGCAAUUUCAGUGUGAGAAGGAGCGGCGAGACCGAGCGGCGGCUCCGAGCGCGGCGCGGCGGCUCCUCCCGCCCGGGGUCAGCGCCCCGGCGCGCGCACGCGCACCCCCGCCACCCGAGCGCGCUCCGCGCCGCCCGCGCAGUCGGUCGGUCGGCCGUCUGUCGUCCUGUCGCCGCCGCCGCCGCCGCCGCGGGCGCCACCUGAGGGAGCCGUCGCCGCGGGACCUGAGCGGACCGGACCGGACCCCGCCUCCCGAGGCCGCCCGGGGCCCAGCAGCCACCCGCGGAGGCGCCGAGCAACUUCGGUUGGUCAGCACGUUGACACAAGUUGCCUUUUGACGUAGCUGCCGCCAUGGCCAGCUGGUAGGACCAGCAUCCCAUGCCCAGAAGCCAGUUCAGAAUGACUGAAGAAGCAUGCCGAACACGGAGUCAGAAACGAGCGCUUGAACGGGACCCAGCAGAGGAUGAUGUGGAAAGCAAGAAAAUAAAAAUGGAGAGAGGAUUGUUGUCUUCAGAUUUAAACACUGACGGAGACAUGAGAGUGACGCCUGAGCCAGGAGCAGGCCCAGCCCAAGGGUUGCUGAGGGGGACAGAGGUGACAGCCAUGGGCAGAUGUGAAGGGCAGGCGGGCGACGGGCCUGUGGACAUGCGUACCUCAUACAGUGACAUGAAGUCUGAGAGGAGAGCCCCCUCUCCUGAUGUGAUCGUGCUCUCCGACAAUGAGCAGCCCGCAAGCCCAAGGGUGAACGGGCUGACGAAGGAGGCCUUGAAGGAGACCAGUACUGAGGCCCUCAUGAAAAGCAGUCCUGAAGAACGAGAAAGGAUGAUUAAGCAACUGAAAGAAGAGUUAAGAUUAGAAGAAGCAAAACUUGUUUUAUUAAAAAAGUUGCGGCAGAGUCAAAUACAAAAGGAAACCACCACCCAGAAGCCCACAGGCUCUGCUGGGAGUGCCGUGACCACCCCUCCCCCGCUUGUGCGGGGCACCCAGAACAUUCCUUCUGGCAAGCCAUCCCUUCAGACCUCUUCGACAAGAAUGCCUGGCAGUGUCAUCCCACCACCCCUGGUCCGCGGCGGACAGCAGGUGUCCUCCAAGCUGGGGCCACAGGCGAGCUCACAGGUCGUCAUGCCCCCACUCGUCAGGGGGGCUCAGCAAAUCCACAACAUCAGACAACAUUCCAGCACGGGGCCGCCACCGCUCCUCCUGGCUCCCCGGGCCUCUGUGCCCAGUGUGCAAAUUCAGGGACAGAGGAUCAUCCAGCAGGGCCUCAUCCGUGUCGCCAAUGUCCCCAACACCAGUCUGCUCGUCAACAUCCCACAGCCUUCCCCAGCAUCGCUGAAAGGGACAACAGUCACCUCUGCUCAGGCGAACUCCACCCCCACCAGCGUGGCCUCUGUGGUCACCUCUGCGGAUUCUCCAGCCAGUCGUCAGGCAGCUGCCAAGCUUGCGCUGCGCAAACAGCUAGAGAAGACGCUGCUUGAAAUCCCCCCUCCCAAGCCCCCUGCCCCAGAGAUGAACUUCCUGCCCAGCGCUGCCAAUAACGAAUUCAUCUACUUGGUCGGCCUGGAGGAAGUGGUGCAGAACCUGCUGGAGACGCAAGCAGGCAGGAUGUCAGCCGCUGUUGUUCUGUCCCGGGAGCCCUACAUGUGUGCGCAGUGCAAGACGGACUUCACGUGCCGCUGGCGGGAGGAGAAGGGUGGUGCCAUUAUGUGUGAGAACUGCAUGGCAUCCAACCAGAAGAAGGCACUCAAGGUAGAGCACACGAGCCGGCUGAAGGCUGCCUUUGUGAAGGCGCUGCAGCAGGAGCAGGAGAUCGAGCAGCGCCUCCUACAGCAGGGUGCCGCCCCCGCACAGGCCAAGGCUGAGCCUGCCACUGCCCCACACCCCGCACUAAAGCAGGUCAUAAAACCCCGGCGUAAGUUGGCGUUCCGCUCAGGAGAGGCCCGCGACUGGAGUAACGGGGCUGUGCUACAGGCCUCCAGCCAGCUGUCCCGGGGCUCGGCCACAACGCCCCGAGGUGUCCUGCACACAUUCAGCCAGUCACCCAAACUGCAGAAUGCAGCCUCGGCCACAGCCCUUGUCAGCAGGACCGGCAGACAUUCCGAGAGAGCUGUGAGCACCGGCAAGGGCAAUGCCACCACCAACUGGAAGAAGGCACCCCUGAGUACAGGUGGGGCCCUUGCGUUUGUCAGCCCGAGCUUGGCAGUGCACAAGACCUCCUCAGCUGUGGACCGCCAGCGGGAGUACCUCCUGGACAUGAUCCCGCCACGCUCCAUCCCCCAGUCAGCCACGUGGAAAUAGUGCGAGCCGGGCCCGGUGGAGAACAGGCUCCCUCCUCCCUCCCACCUGGCCCUGCCACCCUCCACUCGGGAAGACAUCAUGCUCCCCGAGAGAAUGAGUGAGCGAGCGCCGGCCAUGCUGCAGAAGCAAGGGCUCCAUUCUUGGCUGCAAAGUCUCGUCGCAGCUGAGGGGCUGCUUCACAGGUGGACGAGGAAUAUCACUGGGGGACCUUUCCCUUGGGCUUUUUUCCUUUCUUUGCCUUUAGUUUGCCCAACACCAGCAGAAAAGUGGACCUCGGGGGCUGGUUCUGCUUCCGGCCCUUCCUUUCAGCCCCCCUCUCCCCCCAAUCCCCCCAAGCCCGGCAGGGUGCAUGGACGGCUCACCCUGGACACUGUGACACGCUCGGCGAGACCGGCGCCCGGGGCUUCUGAAGUCGAGCGGAGCAUUCUGUUUUGUUUUUGCUUCUCCCCAUCUUAGCCCUCCAAGUCUAUGACUGCCUUCCUUCAUGGCAAUCUCUAGGUUGACAGAUUUUUUUUUUUUUUUUAAUCACCUCAUGAUGAUGGAGUUUAAAGUAAACCGUGCAGACCCAGGGGUCCCUGCCGAGCACGGCCCCCACACCCCAGAGGGUGGGCCACUGACUGCCCAGCUCUCAGUCUAGCAGAAGGCCUCUGCUGCUGCUCAUCCCGGAGACCCCGGACCUCCCACACUUAGCAGAAGAACAAACUGCAACCCUGACCCAGACAGAGAGCCUGGAAUCCCGGAAGCCGCGUACCGCCAGUGGAGGGAGGAGAGAAUUGGCAGCAACAUCUGGAGCCUGAGUGGGAAAUUAGAGGGGCAGGCUAUUGUGUUUUUUGUUGUUGUUGUGGUUUUAUUUUAUUAAAUUUUUCUUUUCUUACUUAUUUUGAUGGACAACAUCCUAAGGUACCCUGGCCUAUGCUCCUGUCAGGUGUGUCUGGUGGGGAGGUGCCCCUGCCCCUCCCAAGACGUCAGGGUUUCUGUUUGGGUCUAGUUUAGAACCUUUCCUUAAAGCGGGGCCAUGCUGCCAGGGUUCGCCUUCAGACUUUUUUUUUUUUUUUUUUUUUUUUAACCCUCUUUCGAGUCUACAGAAAUGUCUUUCAAAGGAUCAGGUCUGCUCUUAGUUUCAUUUUGGUUUCUCCCACUCUUUAAAAAUCAGUUCCAUGAGGAUAGACAGAAGCCGUCGUGAAUGUGCUGUGCACGGGGCUGUCUCUGUGCAGGUGCAAGGGUGUCCUGUGUGCAUGCACACACGUGUGUCGAUGUGGAGAUGGGGUACACUGCUCCCCACUUCAGCCCCAGCCCUAGUUUUCCUAUCCAUGCAGUUAGGGACUUAAUUUAAAAUCCUUAUUUUGUAGGGCCGCCGCCUUCAAAACACACUGCUACAACAUUCUAAUAAAGGCUCAUUUAACCCCCUC